AUGGUCCUACACUUCGACACUUCGCAGCUUCCCUUCCGUUUGGGCCAGUGCAUCUCCGAGGGUAGCAGCUCUGCCAUCUAUGUGGCACAGAGAGAGGUAGCCGAAGUCUUUGCCGUCAAGGUCAUCGAUAAGACGGCCAUCGUCGCCGAGGGAAGGCAGACGGCCAAGCAGGUAGACGGCGAGGCGACACUCCAUAAAGCAUGCGGCUCCAGUCAACACAGGCACAUCGUCGACUUUCUACAAGCAGAUCACCUCGACUCGGGUCAUCUCUGGAUUGCUAUCGAGUAUUGUACGGGCGGCGACCUCUUCGACAAGAUCGAGCCAGACCUGGGCGUCGAUGAGCAGCUUGCACAUCUCUACUUUCGCCAGCUCCUCGACGGCCUCAUCUUUAUGCAUGGCUUUGGCAUCAGUCAUCGAGACAUCAAGCCAGAGAAUAUUCUCCUUGAUGGCGACGGGCGUCUCAAGAUUGCAGACUUUGGGCUCGCAGCCCUAUAUGCCCAUCGAGGCCAACGGCGUACAUUGAACACCUCCUGCGGAUCCCCGCCGUAUGUUGCGCCUGAGAUCCUAGGUACAUAUGACGGUGAGCUCGUUGACGUCUGGUCGACGGGAAUCGUCUUGUUUGCUCUGUGUCUCGGUGCAACGCCGUGGAACCAGCCUGCAGCUGAAGAUGAUCUCUUUCGCCAGUUUGCGAGGUCCAAGGGCCGGCCAGACUAUGCUCCGUGGAAAAGACUUCCGCUCGGCGUGUACAAUUUGCUGCAAGGUAUGCUCGAAAUCAAUCCCAAGAAGAGAUACACGUUCGCGGAUGUUAGGGCACAUUCAUGGACAGCGCAAAAGGCUAUAGAUCUUGAUCCACUCGAUAUUGCCAACAGACUCAUGUCCAAGAUGCACGUUGAUUUGCAAGUGCCAAUCAAGCAAAGCAUGUCACAGUCCUCGGCUCCUAUUAUGGAGAUGACGCCAUCGCAAGCACCAGUACGCUCGCAAAUCGCGUUUGAAGAUGACCCUUCGCUGUCUCAGUUUGCUGGGACAGCCAUCCUCGAGAGCUUGACGCAGCGGGCGAGACGAUUUGCUGAUAUAACGGGUUCGGACCGUCUGACAAAGUUCUAUUCGACCUGGCCCAUCGCAGAGAUGUUCGAACUGUUGCUUCGAGCAGUGGAGGAGCUCGCAUUUCAAACGAGGCUGGGGGAGAUGUGUGUUACUGUUGCGGCUGAAGACAGACGUGGCAUGCAGCUCUGGGGCACAUUGAGCUGCUACAGCGUGCACACAAGCCAAGGCGAGAUGACACUGGUGGACUUUGCGAAGCGCAAGGGAGAUCCACAAGAGUGGCGCGUCCUAUUCAAAUUGGUGGCUCGUCUUUGCAGAGAUGCCAUCUUUGUGGGCUGA